ACUGUACGAGGAUGUGGUAAAAUAGUUACUGGAUUAACACACUCGUGCAGGAUUAUAAAGUUUGGGUAGCGUUAGACUGUUUUUACAAUUUACUCACUGAUUUUGUUUCUCAAUAUCGCGUGUUCCCAGUCAUCGCACGUCAUGCUUGAGUCACCGAUUUGCGCCCAAGCCGGGUCAAUGCUAUUUUGAGUGACAGAGCCACGUUUUGUUUACAUUCGAUCACGGUGGUACUUUGGUUCGUUCAUGGAAUUAUUAAGAACGGGUUUAAUGUUUUCGCACUGUGUUUAGACACCGGUGAAUAUAUCAGGAAAGAUCGGGAAAAUGGGAAAAGACCACGAUAUUAUCCAGGCUGUAAAAGACCGAGAUUCAUACGGACUUCAAAAAAUUCUCACUAAGUUAGGAAAACAGUCUAAGAACAAACUGCUUGGGUCCAGUAAAAAGGGUGGCAUCAACUACCAGGACAGUGAUGGCAUGUCAGCUUUGCACCAGGCAGCCCUGGUUGGAAACCUGGACAUGAUGCAAUUACUUCUGGAGAAUGGGUCAUCUGUCAGUAUACAGGACAACAAAGGAAUGUUGGCUCUUCACUAUGCUGCAUGGCAGGGAAAGUCAGAACCAGUUCACAUGCUAUUACAGUGGCAGUCCCCCACCAAUGAACAAGCGAAAGAAGGCGAGGCACCACUUCACCUCGCCUGUCAACAUGGUCACUUCGAUGUGGUAAAUCUGCUACUUCUGCACCAUGCUAAUCCUACCAUUGUAAAUAAGGAAUGGAAGACUCCCCUUGACCUGGCCUGUGAAUUUGGAAGAUACCGGGUUGUUGAUUUACUUCUCAGGAGCAAUCUAUGUGCUGGCCUUCUGGCUGAGUCACCUAACGACAUGAUUGACAACAAUCGUACAACUUGUAUCCAUCUGGCUGCUAAAAAUGGCCAUAUUGAAAUCAUCAGGUUACUGCUACAGGCAGGUGUAAAUAUCAACAGAUCCACACUGCGGGGGACAUGUCUACAUGAGGCAGCACUGUGUGGGAAAACAGAUGUCGUCAAACUACUCCUGGAUUGUGGUGUAGAUGUCAACAAAUCCAAUUCCUACGACCAGACAGCACUGGACAUUGUGACAACGUAUACUACCACACGGGCUGCUCGUGACCUCAAGCAACUUCUUAAAGAGGCCAGUUUUGCAGUAAAGGCACGUGCCGUGAAGGACUUCUGUGACCUCUAUGACACAAAAUCCCUGGCAUUUCGGGAGGGAGAUAUUAUCAAGGUUAUAGAACAGGGUGAAAAUGCAUGGAAGGGAGUUGUGAUUAGUGAUAAUCGGAGGAUGUCUAAGCCGGGAUACUUCCCGCCAGAAAAUGUUGUCCUUAUUGACAGUUCAGAUUGCCAUGGUUAUAUUCACCAUCAUCAUGACCACAACGGUGCCUUAUAUCUGACGGGACAUCACGUUCAUCCUCAGACUCAUACUCAGUACAGUUCCAAUCCAGAAAGUCAUAAUGUAAAUGGUAGACCAUUUGACAAUCACAACCAUGUUGGCGAACAUAACUUACACAAUCACCACGGUGACUGGGCUUCACCAACCCCAUACUCCAUUGUCAGUGACCUAAGGACCGCUAGUCCAGCAAAAGGCAGUCCGACAAACAGUAAUCGUAACAGUGCAGCCAGCAGUGACAGUGGGAGGGGUUACAGCACUGGCCACUUAGAACCCAAGGUAACACAUAAUUACGCGAAUGUACAGAUAAAUAACCAACAUCGUCUAUCUGGUCAGAGUUACGAGUCCGGCGUAUCUUCACGUCAGAGCUACCACAGUACGUCAAGUUCCAGCGUCGGCAGUCUGGAUCGUCUUGAAGAGGGCGGCUAUAGCAGCCAGAUCAACGUGGCGGAGCUCGUCCAUGCAGGCCUGCCGGAUCACGAAGUCUUGCGCUGCUGGCUUCGAGAUCUGCGCUUUGAAGAUUACCAUGGCAACUUUUUGCAGGCUGGCUAUGACAUGCCAACGAUAUCUCGUAUGACUCCAGAGGAUCUCACAGCUAUAGGGAUAACAAAACCUGGCCACAGAAAACGUCUUAAGGCUGAGAUCGCGCGUCUGAACAUCCAUGAUGGCAUUCCUGACCACAAACCAACAUCGGUUAUGGAAUGGUUACAUCUGUUGAACCUGGAGCAGUACCACGCCACACUAGUGAACCAAGGCUACGAUAGUGUUGACUAUGUCACCGACAUCACCUGGGAAGACUUGGAGGAGAUUGGCAUUCAGAAACUUGGACACCAGAAGAAGAUCAUGCUUGCAAUAGAGCGACUUAAGAGAAUCAUGUCUGGUUCCAAACGUCUCUCUACCAUGGACAACAACAAGCGUUCAUCAGGUGAGGCACUAGAGCCUCCAGCCAACAACAACACACGAUGGUCAGCUGGCGAGGUUAUGUCAUCAUCAUAUAACGGCCAAGACAUGGCUGGAGGCAUGCCCUACAAACCACGCCGCUCAUCAUCUAGUGAAAACUCCAAUAACGCUAAUAUAGAAUUCUCAUCAGCAACGUCCUCGCCAUUCAAGAACCGACAUAGUAGUGAAAGUAGCAUUGACUCAUGCUUCCUUCCACCUAGUCCCAGUGGCAGUUCAACAUCAUCAUACCAACCUGAUGUUGUGGCCAUACAGGUUAAGAGGUCAUCAUCUCAGUCAGGCCCAGCACCAUACCAAAAGGAGUCACGAGACAUGAGUGGUCAAACAAUCACUUAUCAGUCAUUUCAGGUUCCAGCUACAGGCCAGCGACUGUCAGACAGCAUGGACCGCGAGACCACGCCAACUGGUGACGACAUGAUGUACAUAGUGCAGGGAUCGCCCAAGUCAUCAUUACCUGUGGCGACUGUUGUUCCUAAGGCAGCCAUUAAACCAAAACCUGUUGCUAAAAUAAUUGCGAAAACUAAACGUACUAGUCGUGAAUGUUCACCAGACAUUAUAGACAUUGAAAAGCAUGAAAUUGAAAAAAAUCAGGAUGUGUGUCACAGUCCAUCGCAUAAUGGAGGACAGCGUAAAUCAGAUCAUAUCUAUGAUCAACCUCAGAUACACAAUAUGUCUCCGAGUCACAAAAAGAUUGAACUGCAGGAGAUACCAGGUUCACCACAGACUCAUAAAAUCAACAAAAAUGGUGCUGUUACGGAUCCAAUUUUUGUCUCAACACAACAUGAAGUGACAUCACAAUCUCAAAACUCUCCUCAACAAGGAUCGCCAAGUGGGAAAAGUCGGAAGGUUCCCCCUCCUCCACCACCAAAACGGACUAAUUCCAUUACACAACGAUCUGACAUUGGUGUAAAAGAGCAAAGGUCACCUCACUUUGCUGGUAGCAUACCUAAGUCUGCCAUUCAGGGUCAGACAGUUGGUAACAAACAGGAUCAGAGUUCACAUGUAAAGGAACAGGCAUUUGCAAAUUGUGUUCAGUCUCUUUCGCAGAGAUUUGGAAGGAAACGUGAGGAAUCGUGCAAUUCUGAUGAGGUGUGUAGUUCUGAUGGGGAGGAGUUUCCCCCACCACCUCCUCCUGUUGCAAUGGAUAUUAUCACUCCCAAACUGCACAACUAUGGGAUUCCAAGUAAGGAGGAGAAAAGCAGUAUGGGUAGUGAGUAUCGCCAUCAAGGCAAACCCAAAGUGGAACACAGCAUGUCUCCGGGUACAGUUGUGAGUAGUACUCAACACAGUCCAGCCAAGACUGUGUCAGUCAAUGAGGAAACAAAUGAGGGAAAUGUUGAAAGUACAUUUGGUGUAAAACUGAGGACACAACCCACUGUGUCUGUGACAGCCCAGGGAACUCCGCCCCCUACUCCUCCACCUAAGUCACAUGGUACAAUUCAGGGUGGGGCUCAUUCUGUGUCUCGUACUGCCCCAGCUGUGUCUCAUCCAAAACCAUCACUGCCACCCAAAGUGUCGUCCGUGAAUGGGGGUCAUCCUCCGCACCCCAUCAGUAGUGUUCAUAGUGAGAUUGGUAGUGCUAGGGAAAAGAGAAAAGACUCUAAUCCUGGCUUGGAUCUGAAUACCUCCACGUCGAGUGUUGACUCCAACACUCUACCAUUUGCCAAUGAAAAUGUAGGAACAAUAAAGCAGCGAACACCUACUACAAAGCCCUCUGUAGUGCUUAUUUCUGAAGAGCUUGAUCAGGGGAAUUCUCACAUGUUCCAGCAUCUCUCCGCUGGCACCCACACUGUGUCCUCUACACAUCAUCCUGUCACAUCCCACAAAGAAAGCAAGAAGCCAGUGGUGCCGAAGAAGCCAGGGGUAGCCAUGGGAAUGCCUUCAGGAUUUAAUACAGCAAAACCCUCGGGUGGUGAUGUCCUGAAUGACAUAGACAACAUGUUACAGGGCUUAACCGAUGAGUUGGAUGCCAUGUUGGAAGAAGAAAUGAAUCUGGAGUGACCAGAAUAGAAUCUGACCUUUUAAAUAUUUAUUGACCAACUAUUCCUUGGCCUUUGGUCACUCAUUAUAGUAACCACAUGUGGCUGUAGAAAUUUAGUGCUGUGGGGAAAGAUGGCCCUACUUUGGAUGUGUUUGGAAAAUAUCCUGGUUACUGAAGAAUAUUGCAAGCAGAAAAAAAGUGAUCAAUCCUACAACUGAGGUAUAUAUGACGAAAGGGUCAUGUGUGGAAUUCUUGAUAUUUGAAUAAAUUGUGUGAAAGUAAAUAUCCAUCUAACCAGUACAAUUACCAAAUGUAUUUACAGCUUCAUGGCUGUCAACAUUCCUUUUAGGAAUUUUAUGGAUAUAAUAUAUAACAACAGUGACCUUCUUAUCAUGGUUUGCUUAAUACAGAAAUAUUGAGGGUAGAGAUUUGAUUGGAUGAAAAAAAAAUCAAUGAUAGUCAUUUGAUUGGAUGGAGAAAACCUGGGAAGGUCACUUGGUUGGAUGGAGAAAAAUUUAGGAUUAUAGUCAUGUGAUUGGACGGAGAAACAUCGAGGAUAGUCAUUUGAUUGGAAUCUAGGAUUGCCAUAUGAUUGGAUGGAGAAAAAUCUAGAAUAGCCUUGUGAUUGGACGGAGAAAAAUCUUGGAUUGUCAUGUGAUUUGAUGGAGAAAAAUCUUGGAUUGUCAUAUGAUUGGAUGGAGAAAAAUCUAGGAUUGUCAUAUUAUUGGAUGGAGAAAAAUGAAGCUAGAUAUUUGAUUAGAUAGAAGAAAAUGAAGGGCAGACAUUGUUUUGGGAAAAAUCAAAGGUUGAUGUUUUAAUUUGAUUCACAGUAAUGACUAAUUCACAAUUCAGGGUACCUCAUCAAUAUCAACGAUUGCUGAUAAUAAUUCAUGAAAUUAGGUGCUUCAAGAUCGAAUCAAAUGUCAUUUUUUAUUUUAAAAUUGAAGAAACUUUGAAGGACGUGCAAAAUUGUACAUGUCAAAUAGCAAAUUUUGAAAAGAUUAUAGCAAGUUGAAAUGAUAAACUGUUAAUGAAAGUCUGUGUGUUUAAUUAAAUUUUAGAUUAAAAUAUGGGCAAAAAAACCUAAACGUUUCACAUCAUGUAAAUAAAGCUUGUGGGAUGUGUUCACUUUAAGAUUGUAACCCAUGUACUGUUUAUGUUGGAGAAAAUCUUGCCACUUUGAUUUGCUCUGGUAAUUGGUUGAUGUGAUAUAAGACAUACUUGAUCAGUAUUUAUUUAGUUCUGCAUCUUUAUUAAGAUUCACCAAAGCUUUGAUGGGGAUAUUAUGUGUACAGUGUAUCCCCUACUUCCUCUCAUAUGUAUACACAUUUCUCAAGUAAUUUACACUGCCCACUACAAGUUAUAUUUGGCUAUUUCUGUCGGUUGUGUUCUAAAUCUUAUACAAUUUCUAUUUUGUUCAUUAAUUGAUCAUUCUUUUCAUCUACAUGGUAAAGUCAUUCUGUUUUGUCUGUUGUAAUAUUAUUAUCAAAGUAUCACCUUGAACUUCAGCAUUGUAAAACUACAUGUAUAUAUCUAUACAUUUAGAAUAUCAUAUUUCUGGAUUUUUAUCAAUAGUCAAUACUUGUAUUAUAUUAGAGAAAUUAUUUCCAAAUUUUGAUAUUUUACUGGUAUUAAAGGCACUUCUUGUUUAGAUUUUCCCUACAUGUAAUGGAUUCUGACAUUCCCUCAUGUUACAUGUAAUGGCAGACAGUACCACUGUCAAAAUCUGUCUGUCAAAGAAAGAUAACUCAUCAUACAACACUUUCAACAAUGUGUUUGUAAACUCAGUCUUGUUUCACUUUCGCUUUCUAUUUAUGGAAUAAGAUUGUAAGAGCAAACAUAUCAGAUUGUACAGGGCUAAACAGAUGCACCCUUGUCUGUCUUUUCAUCUUUCUUUUUUUUUUUUUCUUAAAGUCUUUAAUCAUGAAUUUAUCAAAUAUCAAAAAGUCAUUUUUGUGAUAUCAUUUUGUCUCAAAAAUUUAAUUAUUUAUAAAAUGUUAAAUGCUUUUAUUAGACUUCUUUUCUAAUGGUAAAGGUAUUUCAUUAUUAUUGGGAAAUUUUUAUCUCCUCUAUAUUGUAAACCAUCCUAGGUUGGUCUGUCAUUCUUGCAACAUAUACCAUCUCAUUUACUUCAAUUUAUUAGGUGUUGCUGGAUCAUUAAUACAUCUUUCUAUUUCAAAACAAUUUUUAAAGUGCAUGAUCCUAUUUUUUCUUUAUAUAUAUAUAUAUACAUAUAUAUGUAUACACUGAAAUUUGUAUUUGUAAAUGUUUGUACCUUUCAAAGGAUUUUUGCUGUUGACUUUUCAUGACCUCAGUUGAAUGUUGCAUAACUCUUUAUCUCUUGUUUAAUAUUUGCUUACAUGUGCUUGUAUAACAAUUUAUAGGAUGUUUGUAUUGUGAAUAGUGAACGUCACCAUUUAUAUUUAUAUAAAUGAAUGGAUGUCUCAUUAAAAAAUUGUCGCUGAAUUUAUCAAUGCAUUGAUCUAGAUUGACAAUAUGGUGGUCGCUGAUCAUGAAUCUCUAGAAGUUUCCAACUUCAUAUUGGUCUUGUGAAUCUAAAGUGAUAGACAUGUGUAAACUGGUAAAAUUACAGAAAAAAAAUCUUAACAUAAAGAUUUUUGAAAUCAUUUCACUUUGUAAUUUUGAAGAUAUAAUGAAAACGAUAAGAAUGCUCCUACCAAGAUCUAGUCCUAUUAGAUAUAUGUUACAGAUACAAGGUUACAGACUUAGAGGAAUGCCCGAGCAUUUUGUUUGAAGUACAAUGUAUAUGUUGUGUUAUACCAGGCCUUGGUUUGGUGUAGAUUUAGUUGUGCCUGCUAGUUAAAUGCUGUAUUUAUCCUGUAAUAAGCCCAGGCCAACAAGGAAAUCCUGGCUAAAUGUCAGGAGGUGGGCUUACUACAGGACGCUAAAACAAGAAUUGAUUGUAAUCCUACAGACUAGAAAUAAGACAACUAAGAUUGUUCAGUAGUGUGUGUGUAUAAGUUAUUUGGCAAUACAUUAGGAUGAUAAUUUAUAUUCGUAGCAUGUUAUUAUAAAGCCAUGUUACCAUAAUUUACCAGUGAUAAACAUACAUCAUUUAUUUAGCCCACCCAUGACCUAAUUAAAAUUAAUUUCAGACAUAUUUAUAUAUACAUUUUGAAAUAGGUCGUUUCAGCAUAAAAUAUCAGAAAAUUGAUGUCACUCCACAAACAUGUAUACUAUCCCUCAUUUUAAGCUCUGCUCCGCACACUUCUACCCUUCUGCAACCAAAAGUCUGUUAUGUCCCUUCUGAAUUCCCCUCUGUCUUCUAACAGAAUGCCUGUCAUUAGUGAAAUAUGGUAACAGAAUUAAAUUAUAUAGAUAAAUAAAAAGAAUCAUUACGGUUGUGUUUAAACUGUGAGUGUUGUUGAUCAUGAACUUGAUGAAAUCAAAAAUAUUGGUUGUGUAUCUAUUAUUGAACAAUAUGAUGAUGAAAAUCAAGAAGGGAGAGUGUAGUUUGUGUAAUAAAGUAUAUAAUUUAUAAUACAGUGUAUACAAUCACACAAGUUUACUACUAUACUGCAAUAUUGUAUUGUAAUACUAAGUUUAUAAUCACACAAAGUUACUAUUCUGUAAUAUUGUGUAUACAACGAUGCAUUGUAUCUGUAGUGUAAUACAAAGUUUACAAUCACACAAAGUUAUUGUACUGUAACAUUGUGGUACUGUAAUAAAAUGAUACAAUGCAUCCAAAGUAUGCUACAGUACUGUGAUACAGCUUAAUGAUACAAUACUACAGUAGUAUGAUACAUUACAAUGAUACAAUACUAUAGUAGUGUGAUACAUUACAAUGAUACAAUA